AUGAAGCCGAUCGUGUCGGCGUUGAACGCCUGGUCCUGUGUUGUCAUCUCUCUCUUCGCCAUUAUCAUCCUCUCCGUCCUCGGCUCGCUAUUCAACAGCAACAACCACGCCUACACCGGCUCAGAAGGCGAACCCGAAGACGGUACCGCCGUCGCGGCAUCUAUCUAUACCGCUGUCUUUGUAUACUGUGGCUUCUUCGUCUUCUGCGCUUUCCAAGCCUACCUUCACGUCCGGGAGAGCAGGGGAGGCGCCAUAUCGCUCCAUUAG